AAUGUCCUGUGAUGAUUAGUCCCAUUCUUAUUCACUUACAUAAGACAUUCGAGUCGUACUUCAGCCUACCAGCUACGAUGGUGCGUCUCGAUCCAAACCUUGCUGUACUGAAGGCAUUCAGAAUGGACGGUGAAGGUAACGUCUAUAAAGCACUGGGUGCUUGCUUUCAAAAUGCGAACCACUUGCUUUGUUGGAUUCAUGAAAAAGAUAAUAUAAAGAAGAAGCUUUCACAGUUAGGUGCUAAGGAUAGCAAGACUUAUAUCGAGGAGAUAUGGAUGUUGCAACAGCCGAAAAGUUUGAGCACGAAUGGUGUGAAAUCGAACGCAAGUGGAUGGAGAGAGGAACUUUUGGUGCCAGGUUUCUUAAGUAUAUAACUGAAAAAAAAGAGCUCAUGAAGUCAUCAAUGAUGGCUGGAGUACGGGAAACGUGCAGCCUUGGAAUUCCUCCGCUGGAAUACACACAAAAUGCAAAUGAGUGCAUUAACUCGAUUCUUAAGAAUAGCAAAGAAAAAAGAGCUAUUUCCCUUAAGGAGACAGCUAGGCUUAUUCACAAGGAGGUCAUUAGCCAGGAUGAAAGACUAAAACUUGCAAUUAUCAGCAAAGGCGCAUGGAAGAUCCGUAGCGAGUUUGCAAGCAAGCUGCAAGUUGAGGAGGUAAAGUUCUACCAAAUGAACCAAGCACAAAGAGAUUGCCUAACAAAGAGGUUCAAUUCUUUUAUUCCUCCAUACAAAUCCACAGAAAGUGAACGGCAAAAAGACGUAUCUGCUUCUGCUCCUUGUAUUUCCCUGCCAAACCUUUUACUUAGAGGAUUUCCAACGUCAAUUCAGCAGGAAAUCCAAAAAGAGGCAUGCAAGCUUCUCAAUGAAAGUGGGAGGAUUAUCCAUGGACCAGCUGAAAGUAAUUUGUAUAUGGUUACCAACAAACGGCAAUCAUCGCAGCCUCACUUGGUGACAUAUGACAAAAGUAAGAAUAAGGCAAUCUGCCAAUCCAAGUUCUGCUUCAGGGGAAAGGGCUUUGGAAUAUGUGGCCAUGCUGUUGCUGUGGCAAAGAAAGAAAAUUUCCUUGCCAAAUUUGUCCAGCAGUUUAACAAAAACAGCCCGGCCGAUUCCGUUAGCCGUCUGGUUGAUGCAGGUAAAGAGAAACGAGCAGGGCAAAAGAAGACAAAAGCCACUCAGAAGAGGAAAGGUCCUGCCAAUUCAACAAAAGAGAAAGUUAUGAAGUUUAUAGAGCGCCAAGACCGUCUCAGUCAAAAAGAGCAACAACAGCAACAAAUUCAAGUGGCUACUCAACCCCUGCAGCAACACUAGCCUUUGCCACCAUUAUAUAAACAGACUCUAGACCUGUCCUUCUUGUCUCCUGCCUCCGGAGAACCUUCCGAAGAACUGCUUUUUGAUCAACAUCAGCAACCUGGAUUUCCAGAGCCUCCGAUAGCCGGCUACGUUCUAACAUUAUUGAAAUUCUGCCACAGAAAUGUUGCAAGCUGCUACGGCUGCCGAGGUAGAUUUUUUGAUCACGGCUAUCCGAUCCCCCCAGAGAUCUGGUUGUUGUCACAAAAACAAGACGGUGGUACAAAGAUCCACAAACUCAACAAAGAGUACAAUCGGCACUGUCAUCAAAUGUAUACUUUCAUUUUAACAAGGCUUGCAUCAACGCGUUUGAGGCAAUGUUCCAGCCUGAAAUGAUAAAUAUACCGAAGGAAGUGCAGCCAUUCCUGCUUCUAGAGCACAGGAACGUUUUGCUGUCAAACCAUUUCUGUCUUUGACAUCUUUAAUGUUUAAACACUUUUUAAAUAUAUGAAGACUAUUUACGCUUUGAUGGCUUGUUAAUGAUGUGUUAUGAAUUGUUAUCGUUUGCAUGUUUUGUUGUUUUCGUUCCUUAUUAUCAAUUUUUUUACCUUUCCACUUUUUCUAGGGUUAGAAAAUUUUCAAAUGUUUACCUGUAACUUGAGUAGAAAAAUCUUAAUUAUCAGUUAUAAAGAGGACUUUCAGGUCACGCAAGAAUGCUUAUGUCAAAAAGUAAUAUCGGUUCAAUCAAAUAUUUUAUUCUGGCAGAAAUUAGCCAAGAUAUUAUAGAAUGAUCCAUCAAAAGGAAGAGGCGCAGCCCCCUUUGAAGAGUAGAAGGAGCAUGAGCCCCCCUGAGCCCCCAUCUUCUACAGCCCUGGUUUCAAGGCGUUGUUUUGGUAUAAUCGUUAUUUUGCAUUUUGACCCAGCUACCCGAGCUUUCGUUUUUCACACAGGGCCAGAAAAAAAAUCAGGUUAUUUAUGGGAAGUAUUCCCCCCCCCUUGCUAUGAUAAGCAGUAUUCCGUUUGAUGUUUGCAACUUUUGUAUUUCAUAGAGAAAUUGUUCAUGGUAUGUGCUGUUAUGUUUUGUUACGGAUUUCUCAU